AUGUAUGCGGAAAUGGAGAGUCUUUUAGGCGAGCUGGACCGUGCUAGAGGCAUAUACGAGUUGGGCGUAUCUCAACGACUGCUCGACAUGCCCGAACUUCUUUGGAAGGCCUAUAUUGACUUUGAAUUAGAACAACGGGAUUGGGAGCAUGCCCGAGCGCUAUAUCGACGACUGAUGCAGAGGACUCAGCACGUAAAGGUUUGGCUCAGUCUGGCAAGUUUUGAGCUAUGUGCUCAGGAUGUGCUCCCAGAACCAACGGCAGCUCAGGAAAGUCAAGAGACCGAAGAGGAUAUGGACGAAGAGACAGGAUUAACACGUGCCGAAGUACGCGCUCGGAACGAGUUAGCCGCUGCCAAUGCUGUGGAAAGAGCGAGGGAUGUGUACCGUGAAGCUAACAAGGCACUGCGGACAGUCAUAGACAAGGAGCAUCGCGUAAAGUUGAUUGAAGCUUGGAAAGAGUUUGAGGUAAAAAGUGGUUUCCAUUGUGUAUUGAUGAAGCGAGAGUUUCGUCUCCUCACCACCUACCAAAAGCACCCUUAUGAUAGAAAGCACGAAUUUAUUUAUAUCGACUACGGGUUGAUAAAGUCGCUUUACUCUUAG